CGAAGCACAUCCUUCUAUUGGAACCAAGGCAGAACGUUCUUGUUCACCACCACCUUCUUCUGUUUAUAAUAUAGUGUACGUCGUCCGAAUACUUUCACUUUGCACUUUCGUGGUGAGCGUGAACAACUCAACAACAUGAAGGCAUUCUUAUUUCAGGUAUUCUUAUUCGGAAGUUUGGCAGUUUUGGUACACUCCGCUACGAGGCCCGCAGUUUCCGACGAUGCGAUCGAUACCACAUUGAAUGACAAAAGAUACGUUGGAAGAUUACUGAAGUGUGCCCUUGGAGAAGUGCCGUGUGACCCUACAGGCCGAAGGCUGAAAAGUUUAGCUCCACUCGUACUGAGAGGUGCCUGUACUCAGUGUACACCCCAAGAAAAGAGGCAAAUCCAGAAAGUUUUAGCAUAUGUCCAGAAAAAUUAUCCCAAAGAAUGGAACAAAAUUCUCCAACAAUAUGCUGGCUGAGGAAGCAGUGAUUUAGUAUAGGCCAAUUAUUUUGUAUAUAGUUCAUUAUAUUAUCGAAUUUGGAAAACAGUGACUUCAAGUAUAUAAAUGUGAAUAUUAAAGAAAGAAGAGAAACGGAAAUUAAAGUUACGUUUUGAAAUUAUAUCAUCGUUUGUAAAUAUCAAUCUCAUGUUGAAUGUACAAUUCUAGCAUAUUACACAUUCCAGAAGCUUGUUAUAAGAGACAAAUUUUUCAGGAAAAUAUUUCGAUUUGAUUCUGAUUCUUACCUGAUUUACCAUAGUAUCUUUAUACAGAAGAAUGUGUAAAAUAUGUGGAUGACAAAUUAUAUUUAAUUCACUAACAAA